AUAUUUCCACCCAAACGCCGUGCAAAACGCGUCGACAUCUCGUCAAAGCGCACGGCCUCAUUCACUACAAUUCCUAGCAUCAUCUCCCCGCUACACUCACCAGAAUGGUCACGCUGGAAUUCAACUUGGGCUGUAUGCUCACAGGUCUCUACCUCAACAUCUUCCUCUACGGUAUGAGCAUCGUCCAGGUAUACAUGUACUUUAUCAAUUUCAAGAACGACAAGCUCUUCAUGAGGGCUUUCGUUGGCGCACUGCUCGUAGCCGAUACAUUACACACCGUCAUGUGUUCUGGAUUCAUGUUCGAGUAUCUAGUCACGCACUUUGGUGACGCAGCUUAUGCCGUCAACGCCAAUGCAAUGUUCGCGUCCGACCCAGUCUUGACUGCUUGCAUUGCCCUGGCAUGCCAGUCCUUCUUCGCCUGGCGCGUGUACCGUCUGAUGCACGCCUGGUGGGCACCUGCCCUGAUCGUCUUGGUCGGCUUUGCCUCCUUCCUUGGAGCCUUGGGAACAACCAUCGGUGUAGAGAUUGUCAAGCAAUUCGGCGAAUUCCAAAGGUUCCAGGUAGUCGUGAUCAUCUGGCUCGCCUGCGCUGCCCUGGCCGAUCUGAUGAUCACCCUCGCCUUGGUCUGGACUUUGCAAAAGUCUCGUACCGGCUUUGCUCCUACCGACGAUGUCAUCACUCGUCUGAUUCGAGUCACUCUACAGACCGGUAUGGCCACUAGUGUCUUUGCCAUCUUGGACCUGAUCACCUUCUGCGCGUCUGGAUCUACGCUGCACCUGGUCUUCAACUUGCCUUUGGCCAAGCUCUAUACCAACUCGCUCCUGUCUACUCUCAAUGCCCGUGCCUUGAUGGCCAACCAGCUCAACCAGAGGAGACAGACCAUGCAGCCCGAUGGCAGCAGCGGUGGUGCAAUGAGCAAGGACAUUCUCUCUGGCGCCAACCACACCAACCGUAUUGGCUCUCGCCAGAUGCGCUGGAGUCCCAGUGCAGAAGGAGACCCUGCUUCGCCUACUCGUGCAAAGGGUGGCUUCUUUUCCACUUUCGUCUCCGGUCAGGGCAAUUCCGGAAACGUCGGACUCAACAGCAUGGCAAGGGGUGGAAGAUUGGACUUGGACCAGGGUAUUCAGGUCACCACCGUCGAGGAACGCUACGAAGAGCCGCCCAACAGCACCGUCAUGGCAUCUUACCCGCACCGACCUCACCAGCCCAGGAGCUUCCCCCAUAGCCAAGAAAGCGUUGCCGGUGCCGACCCAGAGUACUACGGUGCUGACUUCUCGAGGGAUGGCAUUUCUCAGGAGAACCUGCGCCCAACGGCACUCUAGAGCAAAUGUGUUUCACUUGCCUUUCUUCUCCACGGGUCCUCUUUAGCUUCGCCCACCCCUUUCUCUUUUCCACUUCUGUAUCGUCACCGUUACCUUUUUGCACAUUCUCUCUUCCUCUCUCGGUCGCUCACGCGGGCCUCUCUUUCCCAAGCUUCUGCUCCUUCUUCUCACCCAUAUGUAUAUUUAGAUUCUCACCUUCAUCACACUUCCAUGUCCUGCUUUGACUCUGGACAUUUGCUUUACGUAACUCCUUGUAAGGAUAUUGAAUACCUAUCAGCAGGAAACAAGAACAUAUUCAUGACACUUUACGAGCUGGCCUGCA